AUGAAGCGCAAGAAGCACCAAGAUGAGGCAGAGAGGCACCAUAUCUCGCUACAGAACCACACCGGCAUCCUGAACGCGCUGCUUGCGGCAGGCGGCGUUGCGGACGACGCCACUGGCUCAACGCCUCACAAGCAGGCAGCCAGGCCGUUUGGCCGAUCCGAUGCCACACAG